CACUCCCUAUUCCCUAAUUCCCUAUUUCCCUAUUUCCCUAUUUCCCUAUUUCCCCAUUUCCGCCAUUAAAGCUUAGCUUCCCUUUCUCUUCUCACCCAUUUCCCUCUCAUUUCUUCUGUCUACUCCAUCCCACUCUUUUGCUCUGCACGGCCCUUACUUCCCACCGCCUACGCCCAACACUCCCAAUGUGUUUUCCUCCUCCCUCUUCCUCAUAACCUUCUGUAAUUCAGAAGACACAGAGAGUGAUGGGGUUAAAUUUGGGGCUCACAAAUGCCCUGUGAUUUUCCCAUAGCUUUUUCCGACUGAAACACCCUUGUCGUUCUUCUCCACAACCCCUCUAAAUAUGGCCGCAACGAAGACGGAUGUCGCCGCCAGCGCCGUCGACGACCGUGUCUUGUCCACCGCUCAGCAGAUCGUCAAGAGCCUCAAUACUCCUAAAGAGGUUCGUGAGGACAUGCUCUUGAUACUCUCCAGUUUUGAUAAUCGACUUUCCAGUAUCAGUAGUUUGAUCAACAGUGACGACUCGAAAACCAAGAACCACAGGUUGGACGCCGCGGAGAAGGUGCUUCUUCGUUGGGAUCCUAAUUUCGAUGUGUCGAGACGGUCGCUUAAUUGGGAGGACUCGCCGGACGAGGCGGCUGAGUAUUUAUCGGCGGUGGAUGAUAUACUCCGGCUAGUAGAAGACCUCUCAAUUGGGUCCGAGUCGACUGAGUUCGUAGACCGGGCCGAAAACGCGAUCCAAAUGGCGAUGUGUCGGCUCGAGAGCGAAUUCCGCCAUAUCCUGAUCCAGAGCACAGUCCCUCUCGACGCCGAGCGGCUCUACGGCUCGAUCCGAAGAGUUCACCUCUCGUUUGCGUCCAAUUACAGUGAAAUUGACGAUGAAUUCGAGAAUUUCAGCGAGGACAGUCGCAGUUCGGGGCGAUUCCAUGAGCGAGGUGGGACAAUUGGAGAAGAUUCUUGGGUUGAUUUGAUCCAUCCUGAUGCGGCUGUUGAUCUAUCGGAGAUUGCGGACCGUAUGAUUCGUUCCGGCUACGAAAAGGAAUGUGUUCAAGUCUACAGCACGGUUCGUCGCGAUGCUUUGGACGAGUGCUUGGCGAUUCUUGGCGUCGAACGGCUCAGCAUUGAGGAGGUUCAGAAAAGUGACUGGAAAUUUUUGGACGAUAAGAUGAAGAAAUGGAUUCAGGCCGUAAAAGUUACAGUCCGGGUGAUUUUGGUCGGUGAGAAGAGGCUGUGUGAUCAGAUCUUUAAUGGCGCCAAUGAAUCCAAGGAGAUUUGCUUUAACGAAACAGCCAAAGGGUGUGUAAUGCAGCUGUUGAAUUUCGGUGAGGCAGUGGCUAUUGGGAAGAGGUCACCAGAGAAGCUGUUCCGAAUCUUAGAUAUGUAUGAUGCUUUGGCCGGUGUUUUGCCCGACUUGGAAGCCAUGGUUUCCGAUGAGUUUCUGAUUAGUGAGGCGCAUGAAGUGUUGUCUGGACUGGGAGAAGCAGCCACAGGGACAUUUGCAGAGUUUGAGAAAGCCAUCGAAAGCGAAAAUUCGAAGAAAGCGAUGCAAAACGCCGAGAUUCACCCGCUUAUUCGAUAUGUAAUGAAUUAUGUGAGAUUGCUGGUUGAUUACAGUAAGACAAUGAACUCUCUUCUGGAAGACGAGGAACGCAGUGUGAACGACAAUGACGAUGAUCUGCAGCUGGAAAGCACGUCGCCUUUAGCUCGUAGAUUGUUGAUGUUGUUAUCAUCUUUGGAAUCCAAUCUUGUGGAUAAAUCAAAACUUUACGAGGAUGUUGGGAUGCAGUUCAUAUUUCUAAUGAACAACAUACUGUAUAUAGUGAAAAAAGUGAAAGAUUGUGAGCUUGCCCAGCUGCUGGGCAGUAACUGGCUUCGCAGGCAUAGCGGCCAAAUUCGCCAAUAUGAAACGAGUUACCUUAGAGCCUCUUGGAGCAAGGUCUUGUGUUGCUUAAAGGAUGAAGGCAUUGGUGGGAGCACGAGCAAUGCUGCCUCCAAGACGGCUUUGAAGGAAAAGUUCAAGAAUUUCAAUGCUGGGUUUGAGGAGAUAUGCAGGGUUCAGACGUCUUGGAAGGUAUCGGAUGCUCAACUGCGCGAUGAGCUGAUAAUAUCCGUUUCGGAGAAGGUGAUCCCGGCGUAUCGCUCCUUCUUGGGAAGGUUUAGAAAUCAAUUAGAGAGCGGAAGGCAUUCUGGGAAGUACAUAAAGUACACGCCCGACGACUUGGAGAACUCUCUAUCGGAUUUGUUUGAAGGAUCACCUGCUGUUUCACAUCACUUGCGAAGAAAGGGUACUUGAAACGCUUUCAUGCUGAGAUAUUAUUCAUCCUUUUUUUCCUAAUGUUAUAAGACACAUGAUAUUGAAGUUCAUACACUGUAUAUUACAAUCACCAAUGUUGUAUACAUUAGAUUCUGUAUCUUAAUAAUUUGAGGUCAAGUGAUAUUGUGGACAUAA